AGGAUUCAAGAAAGAAUAUACUUUUGACGUUGGAGUAUGAAGUUUGACGAAAAAGUCUUUCAGCGUGCAAAAGUAAGACAAUUUUCUUAUAUUUAAUAUAAAUUUCAAGAGUACUCGUAAAUUCAUUAUAGUUGUUAUGAGAUAGAGUUCCAAAUAACUUUUACUAACCAAAAAACAAAAAAGUAAUAGUAAUAAAAAAUAGAGAAAAAUAAAGAAAAAUUAGGGUUUCUUGGGCUUUGACACGAUGAAUCAUUUUUCACUUGUAAUGUGCUUCAUAGUGUCAUCUGAAGCCCCAUGACAGGUGACAGUACAAGAAGGAGAAAUGUACCGACUUUCAACGGUCAUCAACCGUUGCUCUUCCCGCCAAGCAAGAACCCAUCUCAAUUUCAGAAUUUCCCAUCAUCUUCCUUUCCGUACAACUCAAAUUCCAUAUCUCCAUCAUCUCUCACACGCUUCGAUCCUCCAAGAACUCAAAGAAAUAAAACCCCUUCAACAAGUUCACGCCAACAUAGUCACCUCUGGUCUCUCGCACAACAUCUUCCUUUCCAACAGAUUGAUGAACUCAUACAUUUCAUGUGGACUCAUCGCUGAUGCAGAGCAGGUUUUCCAUCGAAUUCUGUAUAAGAAUGUUGUUUCUUGGACAAUUUUGAUUUCUGGGUACACCAAAAAUGACGUUUUCUUUGAAGCUAUCAAUGUCUUCAGAGAAAUGAUAAUCAAUGGCACACUACCAAAUGAGGUUACCAUUGCAAGCACUUUGCCUGCUUUUGCUAACUCGGGUAUGGCUCGGAUUGGGAAAUCAGUCCACGGUUUCUGGGUACGACGUUGUUUUGAAUCUAAUGUGUUUGUAGAAACAGCAUUUGUCAAUAUGUAUUCAAAAUUUGGAUCCGUGGUUGUUGCUAGGCAAUUGUUUGAUAAUAUACCAGAGAGAAAUGUUGUGUCUUGGAAUGCAAUUAUCUCGGGUUAUUCUGAUAAUGGGCUUGGAGAGGAAGCUGUUUGGCUUUUUAAUUUAAUGCGUAGAAAAGGGUUUUUAGCAGAUUUCUUCACAAUAAUGAGCAUAAUACCAGCUUUUUUUAGCAUAAAAAACUCACAGGUAGGAAGAGGAAUUCAUGUUAUUACCAUUAAAACCGGAUUUGAGAAUGAUAAACUUGUUAGAACUGCCUUGAUGAAUAUGUAUGUGAAUGCCAGCUGCAUCGAUGAUGCUUAUUUCAUGUUCAAAGAGAUGCCUGUGAAGGAUGUAGCUGCAUGGACCGUGAUGUUAACCGGGUUCUCAAGUGGUCCGUAUUGCAACAAGGCCAUAGAGCAUUUCAAUGAGAUGAUGGUGGUAGAAGACUUGGAAUUGGAUUCUGUGGCGUUGAUGGGCAUACUUUCAAGCUGCAGCCAUUUAGGAUAUUUGCAACAAGGCAGACGGUUUCACGCAUUGAUGGUGAAAACAGGUUUUGCAAAUGAUAUAUUCGUGGGAUCUACUGUUAUAGACAUGUAUGCAAACUGUGCAAAUUUGGAGGAUGCAAGAAUAUUUUUCGAAGAGAUGGAGGUAAAAGAUGUCGCGUGCUGGAAUGCAAUGAUUGCUGGUAAUGGGAUGAAUGGAUAUGGCAAAGAUGCAAUUGCUCUGUUUUUGCAGAUGAAGGGUUCUGGCAUAAAUCCAAAUGAAUCAACUUUGGUCAGUGUCUUGUGUGCUUGUAGUCAUGCUGGGAUGGUUGAUCAAGGACUCCAUAUUUUUUAUCAUAUGUAUAGAACUUGGAACAUAGUUCCGAACUUAAAGCACUAUGCUUGUGUCGUUGAUCUUCUUGGCCGUGCAGGACGACUAGGUGAUGCUUAUUUGUUGAUUAAUAACAUGCCUUUGCGUCCGGAUUUUGAGGUAUACGGUGCCCUGCUUAGUGCUUGUAGAGUUCAUGGUAACAUCGAAUUGGGAAUUGAGAUUUCACAUAAACUUUUUGAGUUAGAUCCACAUGAUGCUGGAUAUUAUGUAUUGCUCUCAAACAUGUAUGCCUUGGCAGGAGAUCAAGAGGGCGUAAGGUUAGCCCGGAUAUCAUUGAGAUCGAAGGGGUUGAAGAAGGAUCCAGGGAUUAGUUCAAUUGAGAUAAAUAGAGAAAUAUAUACAUUCUAUGCGGGAGACAAGGAUCAUCCUCAAUACUUGGAAAUUUGUAGGAUUUUGAAAGGCUUAAUCUCUAGAAUAACAGAGGCAGGUUAUGUGCCCGAUACAAAAUUUGUAUUUCAGGAUGUUUUGGAUGAUACGAAGAGGGAUAUUCUAUAUCACCACAGUGAGAAGUUGGCUGUUGCUUUUGGGUUCAUGAGAACCAAGCCAAGAACAAUCAUUCGGAUAACAAAGAAUCUUCGCACCUGUAAUGAUUGCCACUCUGCAAUCAAGUAUAUUUCGAAGAUUUAUGGAAGAGUUCUUGUUGUUAAAGACACUAAUCGCUUCCACAUUUUUCAAGAUGGAGUUUGUUCAUGUAAGGACUAUUGGUAAAUUUGAGAACAGGUGUUGAUUGUAAAUUUAGGGCGGCAAGUUGGGCAGUCUCAACCCAACCUCAACCCGAAAUCGGGUUGUGUUGGAUCAGUCCGAAGUAUAUCCAAAAAUGGGUUAUGUCCAUCACCAGAACUUAAAGGAAAAUGUAAUUUGCAUGAAAAGAUUUUCUUAGUGAGAAAAAAAAAAAAAAAAUUUUACUGUAGCAUUUAAAAGAUUAUAUAUAGUGACAUGUUUGAAGGAUGUGUGAAAGUCAGUCAUGUCCCUUUCUAGUUUCUUUGAAUCUGAAGAAAAUUCAGAUUAAGUUCUGAACAAAAACCUGAUAAGUAUUUUUCUCUCUAAUUUAUUCUCUCUGUUUUUAAAUCUUUUACUUAGACUCAACCGUGGUAUAAA